GCAGAGCUGAAGUGUAGGAUGUAGCACAGGACGUGGCUAGCGAGCUACUAGUUACAGUAGGACGCCUGAAAAUACAUUUAUUGCGGGAUUAGGAUCUAUUUCACUACACAUUCGAGGAGAGUCUGUGUCUCUUUCGCCAGACAGAUUAUUUCUGCCAGAUAUGACGUAUCACCCCUACAUCACGAGCUGAAUGGAAGCAUUUGAGGCCUUUUGAGGUUGUGGGUCCCAGUAAUGUACCAUGGGGUACGACAUUACGAGGUUCCAAGGGGAGGUGGAUGAAGACCUGCUGUGUCCUAUAUGUAGUGGAGUGCUUGAAGAACCAGUGCAGGCUCCACACUGCGAGCAUGCCUUCUGCAAUGCCUGUAUAACACAGUGGUUUGCCCAGCAGCAGAUCUGUCCAGUUGACCGCACGGUAGUGACGCUAGCUCACCUCCGGCCCGUGCCUCGCAUCAUGCGCAACAUGCUCUCGAAGCUUCAGAUCAACUGUGACAAUGCUGGUUUUGGCUGUACUGCCACGCUGCGGCUGGACCAGCUGCAGUCACACCUAAAGGACUGUGAGCACAACCCCAAACGGCCUGUCAACUGUGAGGAGGGAUGUGGGCUUGAGAUGCCCAAAGAUGAGCUGCCGAACCAUAACUGCAUCAAACACUUGCGAAGCGUCGUCCAGCAGCAGCAAACUAAGAUUUCAGAGCUGGAGAAAACAGUGGCCGAGCAUAAACACCAUUUGGGGGAACAAAAACGGGACAUUCAGCUGCUAAAAGCCUACAUGAGAGCAAUCCGCAGUGCUAACCCUAACCUGCAAAACCUCGAGGAGAGCAUCGAGUACAAUGAGAUCUUGGAGUGGGUGAACUCCAUGCAGCCUGCCAGAGUGACCCGCUGGGGCGGGAUGAUCUCCACUCCUGACGCCGUGCUCCAGGCAGUCAUCAAACGGUCCCUCAUCGACAGCGGCUGUCCCCUUUCAAUUGUGAACGACCUGAUCGAGAACGCCCACGAGCGUAACUGGCCGCAGGGUCUUGCCACGCUCGAGACACGGCAGAUGAACAGGCGCUACUAUGAGAACUAUGUUGCCAAGCGUAUCCCUGGCAAGCAGGCAGUGGUGGUGCUGGCCUGCGAGAAUCAGCAUAUGGGGGAGGAUAUGAUCCUGGAGCCCGGCCUGGUCAUGAUCUUUGCACACGGAGUUGAAGAGAUCUUAUAACUGAACAGCUAGCUGAGCUGAUCCAGAGACAAGCGGGGACGUUUAGCUUGGGGGUUUGCUGUGACGAGUAGGUUUUUCCUUGCUCGAGUGGAACCUUGUGAAUAAAUCUGGCUUAUUUAAAAUAUAUAAGAGGCUCACUCCUAAGCUUGAUACCUAUGCCUUAAAGUAAGGACAAAUAUAUUAUGAACCUGACAAAUAAAACUUAAUCUGACUGAUAUCUAAGAUAAAAGGUGAGAUGUGAUGUUUACAAGGUUUAUAUUUGGUGCAUUAUAUGAUCUGAUUGUUCUGCUCCGUGUCCUAAUAGAGUAAUAAGCUUGAACCCCCGUUUGAUGUCCUCAGUUGUAUAAAUGCUUGUAAAUACAAAUACUAUAUUGAAUUAUAAAUGUCAUUCUCUUAUCCCUCUCACUGAAAUUAGAUUGUGAUUUUUUGUUUAUCUAAGUUGUGUUUUGUCAGCCUGUGUUACUGUCAGCAGGGACGUUGACCCGGAAGAUUUUUUUUUCGCGUGCUUGCUUUAGUACUUAGUUCCCUGUGAAUAUUUCACAAGACAUUGUGCUUCUCAGUUUAGAUUGUCUAAACCUUCUGUGCCAUUUGUUUUAUUUAUUGCGUUGCCUUUUACACAAACAUGCUUGAAGAUGUUACCAUUUGAUGUAUGGAAAUCUGCCUUUUUCGGUGCAUUUGAAGUUUAUUGCAGGAAAGAAAAUUGAUUUUGUGUUUUUUUGUUGUUGCCUAAGUUGUAAAUAUAGUGAAUGUUGGGUCCAGUUUAUGUGUUAAAUUUGAAGUUUAACAUUUUGGAUUUAACUGUGUACAAUUACUUUUAUUUGACAAAUCAAAAUGGGUCACUUGAUUUGUCAGGUGAGCCUCGUACCUUCCUGAUGAUUGCAAUAUAGACAUCCAUCUUCUCAUUAAUCACACUUAACAUCUGUUCACUGGCAUGACACUAAAAACCAUAGCUUGGAGAUUGUAAAAAUAUUUGUAAAGUCACAGUUAUGGCUUUUGAGAGGUAAAAUGUAUCACCAUUAGUCACUUAUUGCUGUAGUAAAACAGAAGACUUCAGACAAAUGCUACAAAAACCCCACUAAAGUGCAGUAAACAGAUGAAGUUGGAUUGUGCCGUUUAUCAUUUUCCCUGUUAAUGUUUUUGUUUGUGUCUAUUAUGUACCGUGUUGUACAGAUGAGAAAGUAAUAAAAAAAAUGUCAUCUCAAAAAAAGAACGGAUUUACUCAUGGGAAUAAUUUAAGAUUUUUUAGAAUUUAAUGAGGGAAAAAAUGCAGUUCCUUAGAUUACCACACCAUGUCAUCAGAGAUCUGCAGGGAGGCGCAUUUCUGAAAGGCGCAUCAGCUUCAUGUAUUAUGUAAAUCUUCCAUCCACAGAAAAUUAAUCCAGCUUUCAAGAAAUCAGGGCAGUGAGGAGGAGAUGUUGAAUGUUAAAACGCUGUUGAUCAAAAUGAAGAGGAAAGUUUAACCGCAAAACUCAGAGGGAGGAAGGUCUGACUGCUCUGACCU